ACCGCCGUUUGGGUGGGCAAGACGGCGGUCUCGUGUCUCAUCCAAGUCGAGACGGCAGUCUGGUCCAUCGAGACGGCGGUCUCGACGUUCGGCUUAAUCAAGACGGUGGUCUCGUUGAUCGAGACGACGGUCUCGUUUUCGCCUGUGUCGAGACGGCGGUCUAG